UGCUGUACUAUAGCCUCACAACAUAUAUGUGCUGUACUAUAGCCUCACAACAUAUAUGUGCUGUACUAUAGCCUCACAACAUAUAUGUGCUGUACUAUAGCCUCACAACAUAUAUUGUUUUGAUCAGUUCAUCGUAACGGUUAACUAUGGUCAACUGUUACUCUGUGAUGAGCUUGUUCUUCAAAGGGACUGAUAUAUUUAAUGUUUUAGUGCCAUGUCACCACCACAACACAGACUUGUGUGACUUUGUGAUUCCUUCUCCCUACUGGCUGAUAUCCCAGGAUAUUUUAGAUCCCUCUAAAGUACUUGGCCUCGGACCAUGUUCUACGCUAACUGCUGAGUAGCAGUGAAACAGCAUGGCAUCAAUGAGCUAACAUGUAUCCCAAAUGGCACCAAAUUCCCUAUGGACCCUGUUCAAAAGUAUUGCAUUAUAUAAGGAACCAGAGCCCUAUGGACCCUGGUCAAAAUUAUUGCAUUAUUUAGGGAAUCGGAUGACAUUUAGAGGUCCUCCCCUUCCAUCGUCCCCUCCGCCUUCUGCUCCUUGGCAACAGUCAGGUGACCCCGCCGGAGUUCACUGAAGCAGGCGGCUGUGUUGCUCCUCUUGUCUCCCUCACUCACACUCGCUCCGCUGAACAGGGCCAGGGGGACUGUGCUGUGUUGCAUGACUCUGUCUGUCUGGGCUCUGCCGAGUGCUGACAUGACCACAGAACAGGAGAAGAAUGAGCUCACGCAGACUCCUCUGCUCAAGAUAUGGGUGCCAUGGUUGGGGAUGGGAGGCUGCAAGCUAAGUCGCCGGAGAGGCUCCUCCGUGCCCCAGCUCACCAACUCCCCCACUCUGAUUGUGAUGGUUGGACUGCCUGCCAGGGGGAAGACAUACAUAUCCAAGAAGCUCUCCCGCUACCUCAACUGGAUAGGGGUUCCAACAAAGGUCUUCAACUUGGGCCAGUAUCGCAGGGAAGCAGUCCAGAGCUACAAGAACUUUGAGUUCUUCAGACCGGACAAUGAGGAGGCCAUGCAGAUUCGCAGGGCCUGUGCUACAAAUGCCCUUGAAGAUGUAGUUAUCUACUUCUCAAAGGAACAUGGACAAGUAGCCGUGUUUGAUGCCACCAACACAACACGGGAGAGGAGGAUAUCCAUUGUGAGCUUUUCCAAGGAAAAAGGCUACAAGGUAUUUUUUGUGGAGUCCAUUUGUGAUGAUCCAGACAUCAUUGCACAGAAUAUCACGGAAGUGAAAGUGAGCAGCCCAGACUAUGUGAACUGUGACAAGGAUGAGGCGCAGGCAGACUUCCUGAAACGUAUCGAGUGCUACAAGCAAACCUAUGUGCCUUUGGACGAUGAGAAAGACAGGCAUCUGUCUUACAUCAAGAUCUUCAACGUGGGCUCUAGGUACUUGGUGAACCGUGUGCAAGACCAUAUACAGAGCCGGAUCGUGUACUACCUUAUGAACAUCCACGUCACACCGCGCUCUAUCUUCCUGAGCCGCCACGGGGAGAGCGAGCUGAACCUGCUGGGUCGCAUUGGGGGAGACUCAGGACUCUCUCCCAGGGGUCACAAGUAUGCCACUGCUCUGGGGGGCUUCAUCAAGGGCCAGCAUAUAAAGGAUCUGAAGGUGUGGACCAGCCAUAUGAAGAGGACCAUCCAGACUGCAGAGCAUCUGGGGAUUCCAUACGAACAGUGGAAGGCUCUCAAUGAGAUUGAUGCAGGUGUGUGUGAGGAGUUGACAUAUGAAGAUAUCCAGGAGAACCACCCAGAAGAGUUUGCACUGAGAGACCAGGACAAGUACCGGUACCGUUACCCCAAGGGUGAGUCAUAUGAAGACCUGGUCCACCGUCUGGAGCCAGUAAUCAUGGAGCUGGAGAGACAGGAGAAUGUGCUGGUCGUGUGUCACCAAGCCGUCAUGCGUUGUCUGCUGGCCUACUUACUAGACAAAACCGCAGAUGAGUUACCAUACCUAAAAUGUCCUCUUCAUACUGUGCUCAAACUUACACCGGUGGCCUAUGGGUGUAGAGUGGAGCACAUUUGCCUAAACAUUGAGGCAGUCAACACGCACAGAGAGAGACCUGGGAAUGUGGACAUAACCAGAAACCCAGAAGAGGCGCUGAAGACUAUUCCUGACCACUUUUGAAUAUGAUUUAGAGGAUAUGGACUCUAGGACCGUACUAAACCAGCAAUAUUAUAUUUUCAAGUUUUAACUUUAUUGCUCGAUCAAUUAUGUCUCAGUACCUUUUCCCGAUUAAACUUGUCAAAAUCAGCAAGUGUCAAAGGGGAAAAAGAUAAGGAAGAAGACUAGAUGAAUAGAAGAUCAAAAAGGACAAACUCCACUGCCUCCGGAAACAGUGAGGGGGAAAUGGACAUUCUGCCUCCAACAUGGGACGGCUAAAGCCCAGUACUGUAUGAGUGUUGUUGACUGACCUAUAACGUCCAAUAAAUGUGCAUCAGUCUGCUCUGUCUUACCCUGGAGUCUCAUGGUGAAGUGCAGUCGGACAGGCUGUGUGAGAGGUGGUUUGGCAUGGUAUUGUCACUAGAGUGUGAAAGAGGCCAGACAAUUCUGACAUUAGGCUACAGGAUGACGAAAGUAAAAUGUCCUCCAUUCUAGUAGAUUAAUAAACACAUCUUCUGUUA